AUGUCCCAUCCGGAACUCGGUAAAACUUUUUACUACAGCGAGAAUGGCGAGUUUUCUCCAGAUGGCGUCAAUGUGAUGGGCUUCGAAGGAAGCCUAACGAGCGUUAGCAACGAGCAGAUAAACAGGGGUGCGGACUGCAGAUUUCAAACUAUGACGAAUAAUAUGGCAUGCCACGGAGCUCCGAAAAGGAAAGAAAGUUUUGGCGCUGUUCCCUACAUGAAAACGAAUCCUACCCGUCAACAACGUCAUGGACGACGGAACGUCGGUUCGCGACCAAUCUACCGACAUAUCCCUCAUCGAGAUAAACCUCCCCACCUGGUAGCUCGACGGAACGCUCGGGAGCGUCGCAGGGUGCAGGCUGUUAACAACGCCUUCUGCAGGCUCAGAAGACACGUUCCAUACGAGAACAAACAGAAAAGACUGUCCAAAGUCAAAACUCUGAGAUUCGCCAUCGACUACAUCAACAAGCUAAAGACCAUGGUGGAAGAACACGAUUCAAGACUGAUUUAG